AUGCUUCUCAAUGAGGACCUUCCUAAUUUUCCGAAUCCGUUUGACAACGCGGGGGACUAUUCCGCGGGCUUCGAUGUAAAGACCCUUAAGGAGCAGUUGCUAUGCCACGUCAUGGGAAGCAUCCGAGAAAAGACGGAUUGGAUGAGGAAGGUCAUGGACGAUGUGAUUGUAGCGAAGUGGAAAGAGGAGCUGAUGAAUCCCGUCCAACCAGCAAAAGCGUCUUUUGUGAGGGGAGAACGGGACGUGUCGCUUGAAGAUCUUGCCAGCGUGAUUUCAUUUUUGAGGGACAAUGGCAAGGGGACUGUCAAGGUGGACUCUGAUAUAGUCGACUAUGCCAUCAAGGAGCUUCGCUGGCAGGCCACCACUCACCACCCCUCCUCUCCGGCCAUGCCAGUCAUGCCAAGCGCAGUGGACGGCGUCUACCUCAUUCCGUCGGCCUCCUUCCCGCCUGACAUUCUCCAGCCGUUUCUGCAAGGCGUGCAUCGCCUAGAGUCCGUUCCAAAGGAUCAGAUUGACUACCAUCCAGGGUCGAACGAGCAGGUUAUUGACUUGGUCCAUCCGUCACUCCACUGCCUGGUGUACGGCCGAACCAGAGUCAUUACCCAGCCUGACUACACCACUCUGGAUAUCCUGCCGUGGGACCAGAUGGUCAGUGAGUUAGGCUCGGUUGUAGACGCUGGUGAACUUGCAGAUUUAACAGCGGAUUCGGAGGAGGGAAGUGAGGCUCGGAGGGAUUUGGUGGAAGACGAGUUUUUUUCAGAAAAAUUUCAGUGGCUGCCGGCAGAGAUUGAUGUUUCUGCGGACGGGCAGGGUGCAAAGUUCAGGUCAUACAUCAACAAUCUGCAUCCGCUGGUGUUCGCAGAGACUUAUCGAAGCCUGGAGAAGAUAUUUGCGUUGGCGUUCGUGCCAUUGUUCAAUAAGGUGCUGACAGACUCUGCCAACCCACGACCUCUGCGAAUCACUUCCGACCCAGUCAGCUGGUAUGACUCAAGUGAUGACGAAGACUACGAAGACCAGGACCCCAUUCAGCCAGAGGUUCCAGACUUCUCACCACCCCCAGAACCACGCGAGGAGCGAGACGUGACGCUGCAGGGCAGGCGUCUGCAGGUGAUAGUGAAGAUUGCUUCCAUCCGCCUCACCCCGGAUCAGCCGAAGUACCCUGGAGGCACGUGGCAUGUGGAGGGCAUGAGGAACGAGAGCAUUGUGGCCACUGGCAUCUAUUACUAUGACAUUGAGAACAUCUCGGAGUCGCGCCUGAAGUUCCGACACACAGUCAUGGAGCCAGAGUAUGAGCAAGGCGACCGAAGGGGAGUCCAAGUGAUCUAUGGGCUUGUGGCUGAUGGCCCACUCGUCCAGCCCCUAGGCUCGGUCCAAACCUCCACGCCAGGCCUGUGCCUGGCGUUCCCAAACCACUACCAUCACUGUGUGGCUCCCUUUGAGCUUGCCGACAAAUCCAAGCCUGGGCAUCGCAAGAUUCUUGUGUUUUUCCUCGUUGACCCCAAAACACGAAUUGUGUCGACAGCACGUGUGCCUCCCCAGCAGCUGGCAUGGAGGCGCUAUGAGCUGGAGAGGAAGGGGAACCCAUGUAGGCGCCUGCCUUCUCUUGCACUUGAUAUUAUUGCAGGCAGGCUGAUUACCGGUCCAGCAGCCGUUGGAAUGAGUUUGGAAGAGGCGAAGGAGUACAGGGAAGAGUUGAUGGACGAAAGGAAAGUUCUGGACCUUCCUGAUUUUCCGAAUCCCUUUGACAACGCGGGAGACUAUUCAUUGGGCUUCGAAGUAAAGACCCUUAAGGAGCAGUUGCUAUGUCACGUCAUGGGAAGCAUCCGAGAAAAGACAGAUUGGAUGAGGAAGGUCAUGGACGAUGUGAUUGUAGCGAAGUGGAAGGAGGAACUGACGAAUCCCGUCCGGCCAGCGAAAGCGUAUUUCGUGAGGGGAGAAAGGGACGUGUCGCUUGAUGAUCCAGCCAGCGUGGUUUCGUUCUUGAGGGACAACGGCAAGCGGAUUGUCAAGGUGGACCCUGAUCUAGUCGACUACGCCAUCGAGGAGCUUCGCUGGCAGGCCACCACUUACAACCCCUCCUCUCCGGCCAUGCCAGUCACACCAGUCAUGCCAGUUAUGCCUGAAGUCCUGCCAAGCGCAGUGGAUGGCGUCUACCUCAUUCCGUCCGCCUCCUUCCCACCUGAAAUCCUCCAGCCGUUUCUGGAAGGAAUGCAUCGCCUGGAGUUUGUUCCCGAGGAUCAGAUUGACUACCAUCCAGGGUCAAACAAACAGGUCAUUGACUUGGUCCAUCCGUCACUCCACUGCCUGGUGUACGGCCGAACCGGAGUCAUUACCGAGCCUGACUACACCACUCUGGAUAUCCUGCCGUGGGACGAAAUGGUCAGUGAGUUAGGCUCAGUUGCGGACGUUCGUGAACUUGCAGGUUUGGCAACGGAUUCGGAGGAGGGAAGUCAGGCUGGGAUGAGGAGGGUGGAAGAUGAGUUUUUUUCAGAUACAUUUCAGUGGCUGCCAGCAGAGAUUGAUGUUUCUGCGGACGGGCAGAGUGCAAAGUUUCGGUCGUACAUCAACAAUCUGCAUCCGCUUGAGUUUGCAGAGACGUAUCGAAGCCUGGAGAAGAUAUUUGCCUUGGCGUUCGUGCCGUUGUUCAAAAAGGUGCUGACAGAUUCUGCCAACCCACGACCACUGCGGAUUACUGUCGACCCAUACAGCUGGUACGAAGGCUGGAGGGGAGAUCGAGAGUAUGACUUAAGUGAUGACGACGACAACGAGGCAUAUAGAGAAGACAGGGAGCCACUGCAGCCAGAGGUGCCGGACUUCUCACCUCCCCCAGAACCACCCAAGGAGCGGGUGGUGAAGCUGGAGGACAGGCGGUUACAGGUAAUAGUGAAGGUCGCUUCCAUCCGCCUCACCCCGGACCAACCCAAAUACCCUGGAGGCACGUGGCAUGUGGAAGGCAUGAGGAAUGAGAGCAUUGUGGCCACUGGCAUCUAUUACUAUGACAUUGAGAACAUCUCGGAGUCGCGUCUGCGGUUCAGACAUACAGUCAGAGAGCCAGACUACGAGCAAGACGACCGAAAGGGAGUCCAAAUGGUUUACGGGCUUGUGGAAGAUGGCUCACUCGUGCAGCCCUUAGGCUCGGUCCAAACCUCCACGCCAGGCCUGUGCCUGGCGUUUCCGAACCACUACCAUCACUGUGUAUCUCCGUUUGAGCUCGCUGACAAGUCCAGGCCCGGACAUCGCAAGAUACUCGUGUUUUUCCUUGUGGACCCAAAGACACGAGUUCUGUCAACAGCACGUGUGCCUCCUCAGCAGCUAGCCUGGAGGCGCUACGAGCUGGAGAGGAAAGGGAACCCAUGUAGGAGCCUGCCUUCUCUUGCACUUGAUAUGGUUGCAGACAGGCUGAUUACGGGUCCACCAGCAGUUGGAAUGAGUAUGGAAGAGGCAAAGGAGUACAGGGAAGAGUUAAUGGAGGAAAGGAAGGCACUGGUGGUUCGGGCAAAUGAGGAACUGUUUGAGCGACCCUUCUCACUUUGUGAACACUAA